UGCUAGAUGACUCGUGCUAGAGACUCGGGGCCCCUGUCGUGCCAGAAGGCUCGGUCCCCCUGUCUGCCAAGGGCUCGGGGCCCGCUGUGUCCAAUGGCUCGGUGCCCGCUGUCGGGGGUUGGUGACUCGGUGCCCGCUGUCAUGCCAAUGACUCGGUGCCCGCUGUCAAGUUUGGUGACCCGGGGGCCCGUGGUUAUGCCAGCUGACCCGGUGCCCCCCGUCAUGUCAGAUGACUCGGUACCCGCUGUCGUGCCAGAUGACUCGGUGCCCGCUGUCGAGCUUGCCAGAUGACUCGGUGCCCGCUGUCGAGCUUGGUGACCCGGUCCCCCGCUGUUCUGCCAGAUGACUCGGUGCCCGCUGUCGCGCCAGAUGAUUUGGGUCCCGCUGUCAAGCCAAUUAUUGGUCCCGCGCGGGGCCAUCCCUCGGUCCCCACGUCUUCCUGAGGGGGCCGGUGCCCGCCCCUCCCCCGAUGGCCUUCCCCGCUGCCCCCACCGGGCCGCUACUCGCUCGAUUUCCGGUCCCCCGCGCCCCCCGAUGUUCCGG